AUGAUACCGUAUCAAGGACGCUUAGUUUUCAAACAGUAUAACCCUAUGAAAACUCAUAAAUAUGGGAUAAAAGUGUUCAAGCUGUGUUGCGAUAACGGUUAUACUUGGAACCUUAGUAUUUAUGCUGGAAAAGAAAAAGAACAAGCCAAAAACAGAAAUCGUGCUGGAAAUCCCGUCAGUGUUACAAAGAAAAAACUGAAAAAAGGUGAAAUCACUGCAAAAGAAAAUGAGAGGGGCAUCUGUAUUCUAAAAUGGAGAGACAAAAGAGACGUCCUUGUCCUUUCUACUUGUCAUACAGAUGACACAGUGCACGGCGUGGACACGUUAUUCACAAGCCGAAAGCCAUAA